AGAGCCGAGUGCCUGACGCUGCGGGCUCUGCAGGUUGCCGAGGUCCCAGGGGAGGGGCUCCUGCGGGGGUACCUGCCUCCGUUUACCCCAAAGCCUUGCUGGCGAGCGCGCCGACCCCCGCGAACUCCCCGCAGCGCCCCGGAAAGGCCGUUCUGCCCCGCGAGGGAAACAGAGCCGUUGACCAUGGUUGCAACUGGCAGUUUGAGCAGUAAGAACCCGGCCAGCAUUUCAGAGUUGCUGGACCGUGGCUGUCACCCGGGGAGCCUGCUGAGUGAUUUGGACUACUGGGAUUAUGUCGUGCCUGAGCCCAAUCUCAACGAGGUGAUAUUUGAGGAGUCCACUUGCCAGAAUUUGGUUAAGAUGCUGGAGAACUGUCUGUCUAAGUCCAAGCAAACCAAACUGGGUUGCUCCAAAGUGCUGGUCCCUGAGAAACUGACCCAGAGAAUCGCUCAAGACGUGCUGCGGCUUUCCUCCACGGAGCCCUGCGGCCUGCGUGGCUGCGUCAUACACGUGAACUUGGAGAUUGAAAACGGAUGUAAAAAGCUGGAUAGGAUUGUGUGCGACUCUAGCGUGGUACCCACCUUUGAGCUUACUCUUGUGUUUAAGCAGGAGAGCUGCUCAUGGACCAGCUUCCGGGACUUCUUUAGUAGAGGCCGCUUCUCAUCCGGCCUCAGGCGAACUCUGAUCCUCAGUUCCGGAUUUCGGCUUGUUAAGAAAAAACUUUAUUCAGUGAUUGGAACAACAGUCAUUGAAGAAUGCUAAAAGGAAAAAACAUUUUUAAAGUUCUUUUUUUCUUUUUUUCCCCCGAUUGGGUAAUAAAACUAUGCAGCGACCCAGUAAAAGUCCUAUGUAGUUUGCCCUGCAUGCCCUCAGCAAGAAACCCCGAAUUUAGUUCUUCUUGUCAUGUUUCACAUUUACAGCAACCCCAGUGGGAGGACUGAUUUCAUGGCUUUUGAUAAAUGACCCAAGAGACCACAUUUUCUGCAUAUAUACUUUUUUGGUUUUGGUUUUGUUUUUGCUAGAGGGUGCAUGUCCUUGCCAGAGAAAGAGAAAAGAAAAA